AGAUAGGGUUGCGUUUCUGCGUGCCAGACCCAGUCUCCAGCACUGGUCCCCCUGAUGGCAGUUUGUACAUCCCUGUGAAACCUGCCAAGCUGGACGCCACAGCUUUGCACGACUGCACUUUGGCUGCCACUGUGCCCCCUUCAGAGCCAACGAACCAUGCAGUCCUAGCCUGUAACACAGGCAUCCAUGAAGAGCACUAUGUAAGUGAAGCAGUGGAAAAUGAUGUGCCGGACUACAGAGAAUACAGAGAUGCCUGCACCAUUACCGAUGUGUGCAAUAGUACUGAUCUUCCUGAAGUCGAAAUCAUCAGUCUGCUGGAAGAACAGCUGCCCCAUUACAAGCUGAGAGCAGAUACAAUCUAUGGUUAUGAUCACGACGACUGGCUUCACACGCCUCUCAUUUCUCCUGAUGCCAGUAUCGACUUAACAACUGAGCAAAUAGAAGAGACGCUGAAAUACUUCCUUUUAUGUGCUGAAAGAGUGGGCCAGAUGACUAAAACAUACAAUGACAUAGAUGCUGUUACACGACUUCUAGAAGAGAAAGAGCGGGAUUUAGAAUUAGCUGCUCGAAUUGGCCAGUCAUUGUUAAAGAAGAAUAAAUCACUAACUGAGAGAAAUGAAUUCCUUGAGGAGCAAGUAGAGCAUAUCAGGGAAGAGGUUUCUCAGUUGCGCCAUGAACUGUCCAUGAAGGAUGAGCUGCUUCAGUUUUAUACCAGUGCUGCUGAAGAAAGUGAGCCAGAGUCCAUCUGCUCAACACCGCUGAAGAGGAAUGAGUCUUCCUCCUCCGUCCAAAACUAUUUUCACUUGGAUUCUCUUCAAAAGAAACUCAAGGACCUUGAAGAGGAGAAUGUUGUGCUUAGAUCAGAGGCCUGUCAGCUGAAGACUGAAACAAUUACUUACGAAGAGAAAGAACAGCAGCUUGUAAAUGACUGUGUAAAAGAGCUGAGGGAUGCAAACAUCCAGAUUUCCAGUAUCUCGGAGGAGUUAGCAAAGAAAACUGAAGAUGCUGCCCGGCAGCAGGAAGAGAUCACCCAUCUUCUUUCUCAGAUAGUUGAUCUACAGAAAAAGGCAAAAUCUUGUGCAGUUGAAAAUGAAGAACUUGUCCAGCAUUUGGGAGCAGCUAAAGAUGCCCAGCGUCAGCUCACGGCAGAAUUGCGGGAGCUGGAAGACAAGUAUGCAGAGUGCAUGGAAAUGCUUCAUGAGGCGCAGGAGGAGCUGAAGAACCUUCGGAACAAGACGAUGCCAAAUGCCAUAUCACGUCGCUACCACUCGCUGGGCCUCUUCCCCAUGGACUCUUUGGCAGCAGAGAUAGAAGGAUCAAUGCGAAAAGAACUGCAACUGGAUGAGCCAGACUCUCCUGACAUAACUCACCAGAAACGGGUCUUUGAGACUGUCAGAAACAUAAACCAGGUUGUCAAGCAGAGAUCCCUGACUCCUUCUCCAAUGAAUAUCCCAGGAUCUAACCAGUCUUCUGCAAUGAACUCAGUCAUUUCUAGCUGUACCAGCACUCCACGUUCCAGUUUCUAUGGGGGAGACAUCUCCAACAAUGUGAUAGACAACAAGACCAACAGCAUCAUUCUAGAAACAGAAUCCUCUGACGUUGGAAAUGAAGACAAGAAUAAGAAGCCUGGAACUCCAGGAACACCUGGUUCUAGUGACUUGGAGACAGCUCUUCGAAGGCUGUCCCUUCGGCGAGAGAAUUACCUCUCAGAGCGGAGGUUCUUUGAAGAAGAGCAGGAAAGGAAGUUGCGGGAACUGGCGGAGAAGGGUGAACUCCAUAGUGGUUCCAUUACACCAACAGAAAGCAUCAUGUCAUUGGGAACUCACUCCAGGUUUUCAGAAUUCACUGGUUAUUCAGGAAUGUCCAUCAGCAGUCGCUCCUACCUGCCAGAGAAGCUUCAGAUUGUGAAGCCCCUUGAAGGUUCAGCCACUCUGCAUCAUUGGCAGCAGCUAGCUCAGCCUCACCUGGGAGGAAUCUUAGACCCAAGGCCUGGGGUUGUCACUAAGGGCUUCAGAACUCUGGACCUCGACCUGGAUGAAGUGUAUUGCCUUAAUGAUUAUGAAGAAGAUGAGACAGGUGACAUUUCUUACAAGGGCCUGACUACCUCGACACCAAUUCAGCACACAGAGACCUCAGGUGAGAGGUCACAAGCACAAGUGACUGUUUCAGACAGCAAGAAUAAUCCAAGCCAGUCUCAGGCUUUCACAGAGGAGAUGCAGGAGUCCACGACUGCCGAUGAUGAGGGGUCUGUACAUCAUCCUGGGAAGUGCAUGUCACAAACCAACUCCACCUUCACCUUCACCACCUGCCGCAUUCUGCACCCUUCUGAUGAGCUCACACGAGUCACUCCAAGCCUUAAUGCGGCACCUACUCCAGCUUGCAGCAGCCUUGGCAAUUUGAAAGGCACCCCGGUUGCUACCCCAUGCACCCCUCGGCGUUUAAGCUUGGCAGAAUCCUUCACUAACCUUCGGGAAUCCACAACUACGAUGAGCACAUCCUUGGGCCUGGUGUGGCUGCUUAAAGAACGAGGCAUCUCAGCAGCAGUGUACAAUCCACACAGCUGGGACAGGGCCAGCAAGGGCACCAUCCUGAACCCAUACUCUCCUAAGAUGGCAAUCAUUCCUUCCACUCCUCCGAACUCACCUAUUCAGACUCCCUCUUCUUCCCCACCUGCUUUUGAGUUCAAGUGUACCAGCCCUCCUUAUGACAACUUCCUUGCUUCCAAACCUGCCAGUUCCAUUUUGAAGGAGGUGAGAGAGAAAAAGAACAUCAGGAACAGUGAGAGUCAGACUGAUGUGUCUGUCUCCAACCUUAACCUUGUGGACAAAGUAAAGCGGUUCGGGAUUGCCAAAGUAGUUAGCUCGGGGCAAAUGCAAGUGCCUCCCUUAACUGAUGAUGAGGGACCUCUUCUCUGUGGGGCACAAGGGCCAGUAAGGGCCUUUGUUCCCCGAGGCUUGGCCCCAGAAGGCCUUCAGUUGGGCUGCCCUUCUGCAACAAGUGCUAUCGGCGGUAUUCAGCUGAACACUGGCAUUCGAAGGAAUCGGAGCUUCCCAACCAUGGUGGGUUCCAGCAUGCAGAUGAAGGGCCCUGCAACUCUAACUUCUGGCAUCCUAAUGGGAGCCAAGCUCCCUAAGCAAACUAGCUUACGAUGAAGGACUGCAUUUUUAUGGCUAGACUUUUAAAGAAAUACCAAGAACCCACCUCCAAUUUUUUUUUUCUAUUGCCUCCUGAGUUUGACAAAUCAACUUUGUGCCUAAUGGGAGAAGUGUGUAAACUUUGUACAGUUUGUAAAUAUGUACCAGAUAUAUUGUAACUAAUUUGUUUAUUUUACUGUUCAGUUGAGUGCAAAAUGUUCUGACACUGCAGUUGCUGUAUUAGGAUUUAACUUGCUAACCUUCUGAAAGGUGUUUGUUUUUUUUAAGAUGCACUGGAAAAAAAAAA